CCGGUUUAGAGGAAUGGUCAUCUCCAUGGCAGUGGCGUUCCAUGGUGCGAAUGGGCAGAGAGAGCCAGUGGCUUCCGGCCUUACAUAACGAUCUCACCUGGUAGGUAUGAACAUCAGCAAUGUGCCAUCCUCCAGAAGAGGAUUUCUACACAAAGACUCUCAAGAAACGGGAAUUACUGCAAGGGCAUACCCUUGAGCAACCAUCACACUGCACUGAGCUCUUGAAAAUAUUCUGGAAUAUCCUGGAAGCAUCUCUGCACGGCAGAGAAGUGAAAUGCCACAGAAGCAGCAGCUUUAGGGAGGAGAAAUACGGUUUGCCUCUUACAGUGCUUUUCUACACUGAAAGCUACAUUCCUCCCGAGUUUUAAAUCUGUGGACCGUUGAAUAUCACUCCGCCUUUCCUGAAGUUACAAAUACCUUCCGUCGGUGGCGGGAAUAGAGUUUGGAAAAUUACAUGCCUAAGACUUCAGAUAAGCUAAAUGACAUACAUGCAAUAGAAUCCCAUUAAGAAUUUAUGCAACCCAGUCCAUUGCAUCUAAUUACCCAAAGCACAGAAACUCUCCAAACUGUGCACCCCCCAAAAGGAGGGAAAAUGCAAGGUUCUUGCUGCAGUUCCCGGGACACACUGCGAGGUGCUUUGUUACAAGUGUAUCCAAUGUCCCCAGAACCAGGGACUUGUGGGGCGCGGCUCAUCCCAGCGCCACUUGCUCUGCAGCUCCCAGAGGUGGUGGUUGUGCUACGAAGGCUGACCCUGCCAAUGGCCGACAAGAUGGUGCGCACCCCUAAGUGCUCGAGAUGCAGGAACCAUGGCUUCCUGGUGCCCGUCAAGGGCCACGCAGGCAAAUGCCGCUGGAAGCAGUGCCUCUGUGAGAAGUGCUACCUGAUCUCCGAGCGCCAGAAGAUCAUGGCCGCGCAGAAGGUGCUCAAGACGCAGGCCGCCGAGGAGGAGCAGGAGGCGGCCCUGUGUGCGCAGGGUCCAGAGCAGGCCUCCGGGGCCGCGGCCGCCGCGCCCGUUUCCCUCCCGGGCGGGAGCCUGCGCCCUCUGCCUCCGGGGACUCCCUCCGGAGACGCCGAGCCGGGACCCGAGGGCCGCGCGGCCGCCUGCUUCUUCGAGCGGCCCCCGCGGGGCCGGAGUCCCGGCCCGAGCGCCUUCCAACCGGUUCUGGGCGGCCGCGGCCACGUGGAGCCGAGCGAGCGAGCCGCCGUGGCGAUGCCUAGCCUUGCGGGACCCCCUUUUGGGGCGGAGGCCACAGGCAGUGGCUACCCCGGCCCCCUGGACCUGCGCAGGCCGCUGCGGCCCGUGCCUGGCCCGCCGUUCACCGACUUUGGGCGCCCUGUGAGCAUCAACCCGGACCGUGCACUGGGCCCUGAGUACCCUGGCGGCUCCAGCAUGCACCCCUACUGCCCGUUCCCGCUGGGCUACCUGGACGCCCCUCCUGGCGUCCCCCUGCAGCAGGGCUUCCGGCAUGUGUCCCGCAGCCAGUACCAAGGCGGAGGCUUGGCAUCAGAACCAGUGGGAGACUUCCAGCCAAGCUACUACCUGCCGCCGCCACCACUGCCGCCCCUUCCACCACUUCCACCACUUCCACCACAGCCCCAGUUCCUCCCGCCAGGCUACCUCUCUGCGCUCCACUUCCUCCCCCCGCCACCGCCACCACCGCCUCCGUCAUCUUUCUCACUGACCGUCCUGUUUGAUACUGACAAGGAGAACACUGAUGAUCAGGAUGCAGAGGUGCCAGCGGGUGAGCCCAGCCAGCCAUCGUCUCAGGAGCAGUCCGACUAGGCCCCAGGCCUGCCCUCCAGGCCAGCAGAGUGGGGCACUGGGGGGCGACAGCAACAGUUUUCUUGUCUUCAUUCAGUGAUGUGUGGGAGGAAGGAGGUUGAUAGCAUAGAUGGCAACUGAUUCCCAGUUCAAUAUAGGAGGAAGGAGGGCGAUUUCUAAGUUUCAGUUCUGUGCUGUACAGUUGAAGAGGAGUAUGGAGGAAGUUAUUACUGGGGAAGGACCAGGGCUCUGAGGAGUGGGCGCUGGGAGAAGCUCCCAUUUAGGAAUGAAUUUAACUGUCCUUGGGUUGCACUGCCGUUUAUUGGAACAAGCCCCAGAGGCAGUAUUUGAUUUCCUCAGGCCCCACUCCAGGACAGAAGGCAUCAUCUAUUUCAGCCUUCUGCUGCCUUUGCCUGGUCCUCCAGGGCACUGGGGGCACCACAGACAUCGAGAUUCCAGUUCAUCCAGGUGGCUGGAGCCAGCAGCCAGGACCAGGGUCGUUGACAGCAGGUUCUGCAGCGUCCUGCCUUGCUGCUCUGUCCCCUACAUCUUCCUGACCACAGCCCCUUGCCCCUUCUCUAAGGGGUUUUACUAGCAAGCAUCCUGGCUGCUGGGGCUACUUCAUUCCCCCUCCAUAAAGUUUCAGCCAUUAUGGGCAUUGGUUUUAAAAAAUUUAUUAGUUUGACUAUUUGAUGUUUUUAUAGUGAUUGCCAACUUUAAAAAGUAGGCUGUUCAUAAGCACUGAUGCAGUCCCUAGGGAAUAGAAUGGUGCCUCUGAUCGCCUGUGACAUGAAUAGUUUCUUCUCUGAGGACAGUUGGCUAUUGAAAUAAAAUGAGCAAUGGAAA